AACUUCCUCCUAGUAGAAAGCACAAGUUUGUGGUUCAUUAGAAGAGAAAAGAUUAAGUGUUAGAAAGACGUUUGAUUAAUAUUUUAAACGAUAAAAGUGAUGUAAUAAUUGUUUUUACUGGAUUUGGGGCAACGUUCCAGCUUCAUGAAAUGAAUAUAAUUUACUUUGUAUCUUUUGUGGUUAUUUCAGCUACAAGUGAUCAGCAUUAUCCUUAUGAAGGAAGCACUCUAGGCGGUGACGACUCAACAAGGGAAAUCAAUUUAUCUCACGGAAUACCAGUUGGGAAUGACAUUUUUCAUCAAGUUUAUGUGAGUACAAAUGGUCUCAUCACGUUCAAUGCCUCCAUUACAACUUAUAACCCAAACCUAACCACGUUUUAUCCGUUUUUGGCCCCCUUCUGGACAGACCUGGUUCCAAAAAGUAUUCAAAAUGAUAGAGUAUCCUACAGAGUCUACAUGGACAAAUCAUCAUUGCAGAAUGCCACUGUCGAUGUACAAAAGUUUAGCAGGACACCGUUUUUUCAGGCUGAAUGGAUGCUGGUAGCGACUUGGUAUAAUACGAGUUUUAUAUCCCGUAAUGAUCAUAAGAUAACAGUUCAAUGUAUUCUGAUAACAGAUUAUGUGUCUACGUACACAAUGUACAACUUUAUAAACGUGAGCAUUAGCGAUGUUGGAAAGAAAAUAGGAAUUGGAUUUAACAACGGAACUUCUUUCAGCAACCCGUACUCUCUAUCAACCAGUGCAUACAGAAUGAGUACUCACAUCGGAAAUACAGGGCUGUUCGGACUUUGGUUCUACACAGUCACCCCUGAUAAAAAUAAUUGCAUAUUCGGAACUUGUGAUCAUGGAGGGGUUUGUCAGGAUAUGUACAGAGAUUUCCAGUGUCACUGCAAGCGUGGAUUUACGGGGAAAAGAUGCCAAAUAGAUGUUGAUGAAUGCUUAGCACGGCCAUGUGACCAAGGGAUCUGCAAGAACACGGUAGGGAGUUAUCACUGCACCUGUUUCAUCGGUUGGAUAGGGAAACAUUGCGACUCUGAGGAACGACAGAAUAAUACUGUAUGUUCAAGGGAGGAAGUCUGUUGUAAAAUGUCACAGAACAAAUCACAGGAAGACACAGAUUCUGGCACAGUAGCUGUUUUAUCUGCUCUGUUAGCUGUCGUGAGUUUGGGUUCUCUGGCCCUGGCUGUACUCACUUUUCAUUUUAGAAGACAAAGAAUCCCAGAACAGACGAAUGUCACGGACGAGACUUACGAGAAUGUAAUACCGGUGUUAACGAACGCAACAGAACAAGAGUCAUCAAUCUACACAAAUCUUCAACUGAGCCCGAACGCCAACAAAUGAACGAGACAUACAAACAACAUGAUGUCAUAUUCCAAUUUCUUUCAUGCAUUGUGAAAAAUUGUUAAACAUUCUUAGUCAGUCAUGUUUUAUCCUGUUUGUCUGUCUGUUGUCAACUUUAACGUAGCCCAUAACUAUUGUGGCGUCAAGGGUAAGUGCAUACCAUUUCAGUCUACGCCCCACUCCAGAAUUACCAUCGGGGGCAUAGUGUCACUAACACAUCUUUUAUGUACCCCUCACAUGUAAGUCUAUCCUCGGUGAAAAAAGAAAGUUGAUUGAAUUCUCCACCUUUACCGUCCGUUUUGCUAUUUGUCGGAAUUUUUUUUCCUUUUAAGUUCAUCUAAGCUAAAAACUCAAAAGUUUUUCUGAUGACCUAGUGUCCCUAUGUUCUAGAACAUUUUUCCAACAGCUUUAAUAUUGCUUUUCAACUUUAUACACAACCAUUUCCCGCGAUAAAUUAAAGUUCGGGCUUUUCAACAUUAUUGACAGCUGCUUUUAUAAUGAAAAUGGCAGUCGUAAAUUUACUUACCAUGUCAUUGGUCAUUUGCAAAAUUUAUUUUGUGAAAAAAACAUUCUGAUUGUACACACAAGCACUCUAAAUGUGGCAUCAAAAAGAUGCUUCAAUUUCUCAUUGGCAAUAUCUAUGUGGCUUUAGAAACUAGGUAAUCCAACAAUCUAUUGGAAUUCCCAUGGGUACUAAUUGCGCCCUGUUAUAAGCAUUUGUUUUCAUAUGAAGCAGAAUUUGUCCAAAAUCUUAUACGUGAAAAGAAAAAAACACUUGCUGUGGCCUUCAACUCCAUAUUAAGAUAUAUCGACGACGUAUUGUCAAUAAACAAUGUUAUUUCUAUUCUUAUAUUGAUACGAUAUAUUCCUGUGAGCUGGAGAACAUGCCACAGGGUCUGGCAAUCUGUUUCAUAUUUGGAUAUUUUACUUUAAAAGACGUUAAUGGUAAUCAAACAACCAAGCUCUAUGAUAAACAUGAUGACUUUAACUUUUCAAUCGUCAUCUCCCCUUAUUUAUGCAGCAAUAUAUAUCACCUAGAUUCGGAGUUUAUAUAUCUCAUGCUAGAGCAUGCUCUACGUAUUUACAAUUUCAAAAAAGAUGUAAAUUAUUUACGAACAAGUUGAUGAAACAAUCAGCAGUCGAUACAAUGACCUUGUCAGCAAAUGCAUUUUAUCAAUGAGUCAAAUGCAGACGCUUUUAGUAAUUGAUAGUCCAUUAUUUACACACUGAAUUGACGACAGAUUUUUCCAUUAUUUCCCGGUCAUGACAAAGAGCACACGGCGGGUAUGACCGAUAUUCUCACUCUUCCAUGGCACCUGAUCCCACCUCUGAUGUUUCGGAGGUCUGUCUUUUCUCGGCUCCAAUUUUGUUUUGUUUAUUAAACUUUUGAGUUUGAA